AUUACAGUUUGCUCCAAUAGUGCCAUAAUAACAUAGAAAAAGCAAUUUAAACUAAAAGUAAUAAACGUCCUAAACUGACAUCUGUCAAGAUGGUGUUCAAGAAGGCGGAACUGGAUCAACUAAGGUGUUUAAUUACAGAAAUAUUAAACGAGAAGCUUAGCGACGAUUUUCGAAAGACUAUCUCUCGAACGGUCGUUGAAACUGUUCGAGAUAUGUUUAAUGACAAAUUUAAAGAAAUUAAGGAAAAUAUUUCUACCCUUAAUGACGAAGUCUCCAAAAUAAAAAAAGAAAACAAUCGCCUGCGCAAGGCACUCGAUGACCAGGAACAGUUUUCUCGAAAUAAAAACAUCCGAAUAUUUGGACUUCAGUACACAGAAGGCGAAAAUAUUAACACGCAAGUUUCUAAUUUCUUUACCAAAAAAAUGAAUAUAAACAUUGCUCCGUCCGACAUAAAAAAUUCCUACCGAGUUUUUGCCAAAAAUCGAUCGCGAGAGGAUCAGCCGCCGGCAGUACUAGUCUCAUUCCGCGAUAUUAACAAACGGCUGCAAAUCUUAAAACAGCGAAAAUGUUUAAAAAACUCGGGAGUUGUAGUGAAAGAAGAUUUAACUAAGGCAAGACUGACACUUCUAAGUGCGGCAGUCUCUAAGUUUGGGGACAAAAGUGCAUGGUGUCAUUUUGGAGUUGUGUAUGUGAAGGCUGGUGGUGAAGUACAUAGGGCUGAUGACGAAGGAGACCUAAUAACAAUAAGUGAACAAUGCAAAAAAGACACUGUCCAUUUAGCGUCAGUGCCUGAAGACGAUAAAGAAACUAUGACGGAAUAUUGGUUGAUUUCUGCUCCGGGCGAUAAGACCUGCCAGCAAACAUGGGAAACCAUGAAUAAUACUACUGCUAAACAGAAUUCUUUGUGCACAAACUACAAGUUUCACAUUCCAGAUUUAAAGGUUGGUACUCUUGACCAACUGGUAGGUCUCUCAGACGACUUGGGAAAACUGGACGCAUUUGUCGAACAAGUCACCAGAAAAGUGGCCCAGUACUUGGGCGAAGUUCUGGAGGACCAGAGGGACAAGCUUCAGGAAAACUUGAUGGCCAACAACACCGAUCUGCCGAACUAUUUGACGAGAUUCCAGUGGGACAUCGCCAAAUAUCCGAUCAAACAGUCGCUAAGGAACAUCGCGGACAUCAUCAGCAAACAAGUUGGUCAGAUCGAUGCCGAUCUGAAGACGAAAUCGACGGCCUACAAUAAUCUGAAGGGCAGUCUGCAGAGUUUGGAGAAGAAACAAACCGGCAGUCUGUUGACCAGGAACUUGGCCGAUUUGGUUAAGAAAGAGCAUUUCAUUUUGGAUUCUGAAUAUCUUCAGACUUUGUUGGUGAUUGUGCCCAAGGCGCAAUUUAACGAAUGGAACGCCACCUACGAGAAAAUCACCAAGAUGAUCGUACCGAGGUCCUCCCAGUUGAUCACUCAGGAUAACGAGUACGGACUCUUCAACGUCACCUUGUUCAAAAAGGUGGCCGACGAGUUCAAACACCACGCCAGAGAAAGGAAAUUUAUUGUGAGGGACUUCGUUUAUGACGAGGAGCAGCUCGCCGCCGGCAAGAACGAGAUUACCAAGCUGGCUACCGAUAAGAAGAAGCAAUUUGGCCCCUUGGUCAGAUGGCUCAAGGUGAAUUUCAGCGAGUGCUUCUGCGCCUGGAUCCACGUCAAGGCACUUAGGGUGUUUGUUGAAUCUGUUUUAAGAUACGGCCUACCAGUCAAUUUCCAAGCAAUUUUGAUCCACCCCCAUAAAAAAACCAUGAAACGUUUGAGGGACAUUUUGAACCAGUUGUACGGGCAUUUGGAUGGCAGUGUGGGACACCAAGGGUCCCACGUUGAUAACGUUGACAUUCCUGGAUUAGGCUUCGGACAGGCCGAGUAUUAUCCGUACGUUUACUAUAAAAUAAACGUGGAUAUGAUAGAAAACAGCAAAAUAUAAGUUCAAUAACUGAGAUGCCCUUAUUGUAUAGUUGAUUCCUCUUUAUUAGGUCCAAAAAAAAAAGAUAUUUUAUUCCAUUUUAUUUUAAUUUUAUGAUUGUUUUUUUUGCACAAAGCGGGGCCCUUUAGCGCCCUAAUAUUUUAACGUUACCGUAAAAGACAUUAAGGGAGGUAUUUCAAGGUGGCAAAAUAUUUAUGCAUCAGUAGACGUGCUUUUAAGUUUUAAAUAUUAUAUUAUUAUGUGGAAAAUCGUUCAAAAUACAAUAACUGUUGUAGUGCAAUAAUUAAAAAAAAACAUAUUUAAUACCCGUGCUGUUUUUUCGAAAGCUUGCAGAAUUUCUCGACAAUAUUAUUAAUAUAUACCAGUAUGUAGUUUUUCCCUGGCAUUUGUAUAUUCACCUUAUGUAAAGAACAGUAUUGUGCUCAUUGUAAAUACCAUGUAUAUACUUUGCGGAAUUUAAAAUUGUAAUUGCGAAAAUAAGAGUAAUUUUUCUAAUAUUAUAUGAUGCCUGAUUUUGCUUUUUGUUUUUCGGAGCGACCAGUUUCCAGAACACUAUACUAUUAUAGGAAAUAUUGAGUAUUUUCUGAGAUUGUUAAUAAAUUUUCAAUGAACCGAUUAUUAUUAUUAUUGUUAAAGAAAUAAAAUGUAUUUGUUAGUUAAAUAAAAAAUAUUUUAGAAGGUU